AUGAACCACCUAGGCCUUCCUCUAUCUACUCAGGAUCCUCACCGCGUAAUCUCCUUCCCGGCCUCGCAGUCCCUACACGCGUCCACCGCGUUCCCAGAUGCUGCCUCAGGCAGCAAGGCCAUCCCGACUGGGCUGGUCGCGCUGGAUGAGGCGAUCUCUGCCCCGGUGAUAUCGACGACGUCAAAUGAGCGAAUACGUGAGUUUACUGAGGGAAAAGGAGAACAGCCAAAGGGGUUGCCGGUUGGUCAUGUUACGGAGGUGUUUGGGCCGCCGGGGGCGGGGAAGACGAUGUUGGGGUUGAAUGCUGCUGCUGGUGCGCUGGGGAGGGGGGAGGGAGUGGUUUGGAUAGGUAGGUUUCUUCCUAUUGCUUGUUUGUUCUUUGGGGUGAUUGAAGAUACGGCAUCGCCACUUCCUAGGCCUCGACUGCGCAAACUGCUCGAGUUGCAGUCUUCCGCAUCGCCGUCGUCUCCCAGGUCCGAGACUGAAAACCUAACGUAUAUUCGUGCCCCCACACUCCCUCAUCUCCUCUCUCUCUUCCAUCAUCCACCUGCCUCUUUUCCACCCCCAAACACAACUCUCCUUGUUAUAGACUCUGUCUCUGCCCCCUUUACUCCUUAUUUCCCAAACCCUAGUGAUAUUAACCAACCGCAGCAAGCGCAGAGGGAUGUACAGAAAUGGCUCACAACGCGAAAGUGGAACGUCAUUAGCGAUCUUGCUGCUCAAUUGGUGAAGUUCGCAAGCAGGGCGAACCUGGCUAUCUUGGUUAUCAACCAAACGCAUACACGAAUUCGGGGACAGGUGAGGGCAACGCUGUCUCCCAUAUUGAGUGGAAGGGGGUGGGAAUCGUGCGUUCGUGCUCGGAUCGGGGUUUAUGGUGAUUUUGGGUAUGGUGGGGAUGGCGGAUGGGUAAGGGUUGCGGAGGUCAUGAAGAGGGGUGGGAGGCUUGUCACUGUUAGGGACAAAUCAACCGUAGUGCCUUUUCGGGUUGCAAAUGAUGGAUUGUAUGCUGUUGAAAUGGGGCUCGAAGGUAAUGAAGAAGAUGGCGUCGCCGUACAAGUCAGGGAGAAGCAAGCACAGGAUGAAGAUGUGCUUGAACCGGAAGAACCAUUGGAAGAGGAGCCGGUGGAGGAGGAAGAGCCAGAGCUUGAAGAUUACCAAGCACAGGACGAUUCCGCACAAGAGGAGCUUGCGCCCGAAGACCGUGCACCAGAAGAGCCUGUACCAGAAGAGCCCGCAUCAGAAGAGUCUGCACAAGUGGAGUCUGCGCAAAAGCAACCUGCACCAGAAGAGCCCGUAAAUGAAGCGUUGGUGCAUAAAGAGCCUGUGCACGAAGGGCGCACACAAGAGGAGCACUUGGAGAAGAUACAGACCCAGGAGGUUCAAGCACAGAAAGAGCAAGCACAAGAUGUCCACUCCGACUCAGCUCCUGAUACUGCAAGCCAGCGGAAGCGAAAGGCAGAGGAGAUCGCGGACAGCCAGGAUGAGGAAGAUUCGGAAGGGGUAUUUGAGUAG